AUGGCAUUCCUUGCUCGUUCGACUCCCCGGCUCCGCGCCAUUUCUCGCUUCCCUGUCGCAGCCCGCACGCUCACCACCUCCCCGCACCUACGAGCAGCUGCGAAGCCUUACUUUACCGAUGAGCCCAGUGCUCCCAAGGUGGUCACCGCGAUUCCGGGACCCAAGAACAAGGCCGCCACUGCUGAGCUGGACAAAGUCUUUGAUGUCCGCAGCUUGAACAUGCUGACAGAUUAUACCAAGUCUAUUGGUAAUUACAUUGCUGAUCUUGACGGGAACGUGUUGCUCGAUGUCUAUGCUCAGAUUGCCUCCAUUCCUGUUGGCUACAACAACCCCCACCUGCGCCAGGUCGCUUCCUCUCCCGAGAUGGUUACUGCUUUGAUCAACCGUCCAGCUCUGGGCAAUUUCCCUUCGGCUGAUUGGGCUCAUGUCCUAAACACCGGUAUCCUCAAGGUUGCCCCCAAGGGUCUUGACCAGGUUUUCACCGCCAUGGCCGGCUCCGAUGCCAACGAGACUGCCUACAAGGCCGCGUUCAUGUACUACCGUCAGCAGCAGCGUGGAGGCCCCCAGGCUGAGUUUACUGCGGAAGAGAUCGAGACCACGAUGAACAACCAGUCCCCUGGCUCUCCCCAGCUGUCGAUCCUUUCCUUCAAGUCCGCAUUCCACGGCCGUCUCUUUGGCAGUCUGUCCACCACCCGCAGCAAGGCCAUCCACAAGAUGGACAUCCCCGCCUUUGACUGGCCUCAGGCUCCUUUCCCCUCUCUCAAGUACCCUCUGGAGGAGCAUGCACAGGAGAACGCCCAGGAGGAACAGCGCUGCCUGCAGGAGGUUGAGCGCCUCAUCAAGGAGUUCCACAACCCCGUCGCUGCCGUGGUUGUCGAGCCCAUCCAGUCCGAGGGCGGUGACAACCACGCCUCGCCUGCCUUCUUCCAAGGUCUGCGCGAUAUCACCAAGCGCAACAACGUGCUCUUCAUCGUCGACGAGGUGCAGACCGGUGUCGGUGCCACCGGCAAGUUCUGGGCCCACGAUCACUGGAACCUCCAGGCCCCUCCCGACAUUGUGACCUUCUCUAAGAAGGCUCAGACCGCGGGCUAUUACUACGGCAACCCAGCUCUGCGCCCCAACAAGCCCUACCGCCAGUUCAACACCUGGAUGGGUGACCCGGCCCGUGCCCUCAUCUUCCGCGGCAUCAUCGAGGAAAUCGAGCGUCUGAACCUCGUUGAGAACACUGCCGCCACCGGAGACUACCUCUUCGCUGGUCUGGAGCGUCUGGCCAAGCAGUACCCCGAGCAUCUGCAGAACCUUCGCGGCAAAGGCCAGGGUACCUUCAUCGCCUGGGACACCCCCAAGCGCGACGAGUUUCUCGCCAAGGCCAAGGGCGUUGGUGUCAACAUCGGUGGCAGUGGCAUGAGCGCUGUUCGCCUGCGUCCUAUGCUGAUCUUCCAGAAGCAUCACGCUGAUAUCCUCCUGGAGAGUGUUGAGAAGAUCAUCAAGCAGCUGUAA